AAUGAAUUAGCCUUAUCUUCAUCCUGCUCAAUAAAUUAAUUAAGACUCAGCACCAAAAGAAACGCUUUAUGUUACUGGAUUGAAUGAUAAAGUUAGAUUGGAAGACUUAAAAUUUGUGUUAUACAUUCUCUUUUCCUAAUUUGGAGAAGUCUUAUAGAUUGUAAUGAAAAAAACAUAAAAAUUAAGAGGUUAAGCUUUUAUUGUAUUUUAAAAUAUUACUUAUGCCACCAAUGCCAAAUCAGCCUUAUCUGGAAUGAUGGUUUAUGAAAAGCCUCUAGUAUUUUUGUUAAUUUAUUUAGAUUAUUGAAUUUGCAUAUAAAAAGAGUGUAAUUUUUGAUAGAAUGGAAGGCAAAUUUUAUUACAAGUAGAAAUAAUAAAAAGAAUUGCAACCAAAUAUACCUACAGAUUUAAUUAAAGAGAGGAAAUAAAAAAAAAUAGAAGACAAAUUGAAUAACAAUACUGUUUUCAAUUAAGGAGAAGUUAAUAAUGUGUUAUUGAUAGAAUCAUUACCAUCAUUUGUCACCGAAAAUAUGUUAUCAGAGUUAUUUAGACAAUAUCCUGGUUAUUCAUUAAUUAAGUUAAUAAAUGCAAGAGGAUUGGCCUUUGUUGAAUAUUAAAAUGAUGAUCAAGCUACUGUAGCAUUAAAAGGACUUAGCAAUUUUAAAAUUACUCCUGAAUGCCAACUCAAAGUUAAAUAUGCAAAAAAAUGAG